AUGUUUAGCAAAGUCGGAGAUAAGUCAAGAGACAAACUAGAACAAAUUAACCAAGAACUCCAGGAGAUAUUGCAAUCAGAGGUAGCCAUCAAUAAAUCGAAUGAGAAAUAUAUAAAGGAUCUGGAAUGUAAGUACACCCGGUGUGAGAAAGAAAUCCAAUCUCUCAAUAAAGAACUGGAACAGCUUGAGAACGCUUUGGAGAAAGAAAAGGUGGAGUUGAGAUCGGAGAUAUCAUCCCUUAAAAGAAGCUUAUAUCAAGCUAAAAAGGAAAUUCAAGAUAAGGUAUCCUAUACUGAUAUUAUAGAGAAGCAAUUACAAGAAUCAGAAGGGUGGGUUCAAAAUUUAAGGCAUAGAUUCAAAGUUAUUUCUUCUCAAAGAAGCUCUCCAAGUUUAUAUAAUUCAGAAGAGGAAGAUACAGAUAUGGCAAAUCUUGACCUUUUUAUACAAAUUGGUUGA